CGUCCAGCAGCUGAUCGGUAAUCCAGAAGAAGUUUCCCCUCAGUUAGGGGGGAGCUCCACUUUGAAGCAGGAGACUCCACAACCACCCUGCAUUAAAAAGGAAGAGGAGGAACUCUGCAUCACUCAGGAGGGAGAGUGUCUUCUAGGACGAGAGGAAGCUGAUUACACCAAGUUUCCACUGAGUAUUCUCUCUGUGAAGACUGAAGAUGAUGAAGAGAAACCACAAGACAAAGACGAGGUUGAGGAACCUUUGAGCAGUGAUAAAGACUGUGAAGACGUCCAGCAGCUGAUCUGUAAUCCAGAAGAAGUUUCCCCUCAGUUAGGGGGGAGCUCCACUUUGAAGCAGGAGACUCCACAACCACCCUGCAUUAAAAAGGAAGAGGAGGAACUCUGCAUCACUCAGGAGGGAGAGUGUCUUCUAGGACGAGAGGAAGCUGAUUACACCAAGUUUCCACUGAGUAUUCUCUCUGUGAAGACUGAAGAUGAUGGAGAGAAACCACAAGUAGACAACCUCUUAGCUCCACUAUCAGAUAGUGAGGCUGAAGAUGAGGUUGAAGAACCUUUGAGCAGCGAUAAAGACUGUGAAGAUGAUAUGAGGACUCACACUGACAACAAACACACUGAAUGCUCUACAAAAAAGAGAGGUAAAACAUGUUUGAGGUGCUCAGUUUGUGCUGAAAGUUUUACUAAAAAGAGCAGUUUGACUCGACACAUGAGAACACACACAGGUGAAAAAACAUUUAAUUGUUCAGUUUGUGACAAAAGCUUUUCUCGAAAUAGCAUUUUGACUCAACACAUGAGAACACACACAGGUGAAAAACCAUUUAAUUGUUCAGUUUGUGGCAAAAGUUUUUCUCAAAAUAGCCAUGUGACUCAACACAUGAGAACACACACAGGUGAAAAACCGUUUAGUUGUUCAGUUUGUGGCAAAAGUUUUUUUGGUAAGAGCAAUUUGACUGAACACAUGAAAACGCACACAGGUGAAAAACCAUUUAGUUGUACAGUUUGUGGCAAAAGCUUUUCUGGUAAGAGCAAUUUGACUGAACACAUGAAAACGCACACAGGUGAAAGACCAUUUAGUUGUACAGUUUGUUGCAAAAGCUUUUCGGGUAAGAGCAAUUUGACUAAACACAUGACAACACACACAGGUGAAAAACCAUAUAAGUGUUCAGUUUGUGGCAAAAGCUUUUCUAAAAAUAGCCAAUUGACUCGACACAUGAGAACACACACUGGAGAAAAAUCAUUUAGUUGUUCAGUGUGCUGUAAAAGGUUCCCACGUAAUGCAGACGCAGUAAAACACGUAAAAACACACAAGGGAAAAUAACCAAUCAGCUGUUUAGUUUGUGGUAUGUUGCUCAUAUGUGGUGACAUCCACCCUACCCAGGACCUCCUCACUGCUUCUUUCACAAAUAUCUGAGGUAUUCAUACAAACUUGGAUUACUUGAAGCAUAAUCUUAUCUACUCAUGACCCCAUGUCUUCUCUGUAUCUGAAAAAUUCCUGAACAGUAAGAUAGAUGAUGCUUCAAGUGCUUGGUUACUCCUUCUUCAGUCCAGGGACCUGGGGCCUCAUGUGUCAAGUUUGUGCACGCUCAAAAACCUGCACUACACCCUUUUUCACUGCAAAGUUGAGAUGUAUUGUAGCAGAAUUUCUAACCUUUGACCUAUAUUGCAUGUCUGUCAAGAAUGUACGCUCAUUUAAUUUCUCUUCUAUUCUGUGCCAGUGGGACAAAAGUGAAUAUUAAGUCGUGCCAACCUGUCUACAGAAUGUGUUGACUGUCUAAAGGAUUCGAGUUGUUAUGGAACAGAUAGGGAAAACAAAAAGACAUUGACGCACUAACAAGAGAGAUAAGAAAGGGAUAAAGUCAAACGAAGGGAGUGUUUUGGUAGCCAUUUUUCCAUGCUGUCGGGCGCGCCCGGGGGAAAACUUUCUGUGUGCUCGACAACUCAACCCAACCAUUGUACCAUUUGAUUAUGAGUAAAAUAAAACUCUUGUGUUAAAUCUACUUUGGUUCUCAUUUACAACUUGGACUUUCCACCACACAAAUUGGCGUCACGAACUAGGAUGGUCCAGAACUCUGCAAGUCAACAUCUGCUCCCGGCUUCUCUCUCAGGCAGACAACGGUUGCACGCGCGCAUUUAAUAAAAGGUAAUAGCUAUUUUGCUUAUUGUGUAAAAGUUAUCUGUCUGAAGAGAAACGGGAUCGGUAAGACGAAAACUGAAUUUUUUUUCAUAAAAGAUAGGCCUAGCAGGAUCUCCAAAAACAACCUAGACUGGGGCAUGUGUUGGUUGGCUUGAGUUGUUUUAUAUGUGAUCAUUUGUCUGUGUGUUUGUUGAAAACUUGUGAUUUCUUGUUUUUAGCUAUAAGGGGAUUGUUAAUAGAAUUUUGGCGGUUUGGAGUGUUUUGAAGCAUAGACUAUGUGAGACGAAUACAUUUCUUAACCUCUUCCUCCUUUUUCGUUGUCGGAAAAGGAGGCUCUUUUCUGCAAGUGCAUCAGAUUAGUCAGAGUUGGAUACAGCUAAAUUAUAGGCAAGAUUUGCUAACUGGUGUGACAUUUGGCCCAUAUAAAUUGAUGACGUCUAUGAAGGUGCGACAUAUCUGUCUAUGUGGAAACUGCAGCGGUGGGAAAAGCCUCUUAUAGGUGACCGUUCAUUGACUCUGGUAAAGGAGAUCAACUGAGCGGAUAGUUGUCACGACGAAUUUGGAAAUUUGCUGCAAAUAGACAGGUAGAGAUCGGGCUGCAUAUGGUAGAGCUUUGGUGAAACUUGGUGAAACUAUAUGGACUGACCAGACACGAGUCUGUAGGAUUGUUGGGUGAUUCCUAGUGAUCCUACUGGGCGUUAGGCCAGGUUUUUCCGUGUUGGUCAGGGAGGGAGCGCAGGUGUUGCUCCGCUGAAUGGGUUAAUCGUCGUUGUAUGAGUAAUGACGGGACCUGGUUUUGUGUUAAUGAGACGGCCGAUUCCACAAAAGCACGCGUGCAUUAGUUGUUUAUAAUUGUCCGGACCUUGGGGUGGUAUUGUAAUUUAUUAUUGUGUGUGUAUAAUGAUGAAUGCUGAAAUGUGUGGGUAUUGAGUGAGUCAGUUUAUGUUGGUACAUUUAGAUAUAUGCGUAAUUUAAUAACUUUUGUGUAGUACAGGUUUUAUCUGUGUUAUUCCCCUCUUCUGAAAGGCAAGCAUACCCCCCUCCUCCUCUCCUCCUCACCUCCCUCCCUCACGCUUUUGUGAGAGUUCCCUCACGCUUUUUUCGCACCCCCGCUGAUCUGCAAAAGCUGGGAAAUUGUCCAAAAUGUGUGUGCUUGUGAGAAAGUAGACAAAUUUUAUGUACAGAAAACAUAUGAGUGAAUGAUCUAUCCAUUUAAUUAUCUUAUUCCGCUCUCGGAGGUUGGAUCGCGGGGGCAGCAACCUAAGCAGGGAAGCCCAGUACCCCCCCCCCCCCCCCCCUUUGGCGCUGCGAGCGAAUUCCAGUCAUUUGAAUUUGUUUUUAACUGUGCAGGUGAUUGAGACUGUGCGAUAUUAUAGUUGUAAGAAGGCACUGAGAUUUUGAGUACGGAAAAAGGCCCCUCUGAGGCUCUCGCUCUCUGGCGAAUUGUCUGUGUGUGUGUGCGUGUAUGACGCAUAUAAAAGAAAAAGAAGGCUCAGCUGGGAGACAUUUUGAGAUAAGAGUGUGUCAUUGUGACGAGGCUGUGUAAGUGACAGCUGCACGAGACGUGGUUCGAAGAGGAGUGACACUGUUAGGAUAGCAUUGAGCUAGGUUAGCAUUGAGCUAGGUUAGCAUUGAGCUAGCAUAGCAUUGAGCUAGGUUAGCAUUGAGUUAGCAUAGCAUUGGGCUAGGUUAGAAAAAUUUGCUUACUGAGGCAUAGUAAGGCUAAGUUAGCAUCUAGCUUGGCAUUACUAAGUGUGGUUGAACAGCUGUUCUCGGUCUGUAGAGUGUGCUGGUAGUAGGUGCUUGCUAAGUCCAGUAAAAUAAUAGAUAUAUGGAAAAUUACACGUUUAAACAUCAAUAAAUACAUACGGAUUGUGGGACAUUGAAACAUUGUUUAAUUCAUCAUUCAUUUAUAUGUUUAGUAUACUUUUUUGGCACAGCCUUGAUGCUCUGCUGAUCCAUACAGUGACUGGGUGGAGUUGAAACAAAAACACACACGCACGCACAUUAUAGAUUAGAAAACAUUGUAGCGUUGAAUUAGUAGUUAUACAACACAUAAAUUAAUAAUAUUGAAUUUAAAUAGGAUAAAGAUAAAUUAGUUAUUUAAAUAUAUUGAAUUUUAAUUUUUAGAAUAAUCACAAUAAAAGGAAAUUUAAAAAUUAGAAUCUGUUUUUUUGUUUUUUUUAUCAGUAUAACUGAUUUUAAAAUCAAAAUAUUGUCAACGGCUAUAGGUACACCAGUGUAAAUCAUGGAGUCUGAGUCGCAGGGUUGGUCAGCGGUUCGCGUCCUCAGUAAACUGAAACAACUGGUAGCUGAUGAAAUAAGAAGAGAUUCACAGACAUGGAACAAGCGGACACAAAGUUGUCUGUCACCCUGGUCAGUGGACGGGACUUUUAACACAAGCGUGGGUAGAGCCAUACUCAAGCAUCAGUACCAGUUGGAGGCUCAUCCAAGAAUUGCAGCAUCUACACUCCCUGGUGGUGAUGAAGUUGUAGAAGAACGAGGACAAGUAAAUGGUGAAAUCAGAUUAGUGACACAGGGACCACCUGCCACCACAACAGUGCUGGAAGGAUCAACACACCUGCUGGCCACAAGAACCACAAGCCUACAACAAGAGCAGGCUGAUGAGGAAGCUGUGAGAAGACUGACACAACAUCAGCUGACUGGGGGAAAGAGAAAGGUGCGGGCAGGUAUGUCACCAGCGGAUCCAACACCAUUUGCUCCAGUACCUGCACCAAUAUCUGCCCCCCAGGUAAUAUAUAUGCAGCCACAGAGCUGGAGAGGAGGUCCAAUGAUGGGAAGAGGAAGAGGAAUGACAGGACAAAGGACAGAGAAUUGCAGGGGGGAAAGAAUGAGAUGCUACAACUGUGGAAGGAGUGGUCACAUGCGCAGAAACUGCAGAUUUCCCCGUGGUCAGACGAAAUUUUAACACAUAAUAACUUAUAAAUAAUGGAUGGGUAUGUUCAGAGUAGCACGCUUUGUGUAGUAUUCUAAUGAUUUGCUUUUAAGUUUACAAUAAUAAUUAUAGGGUCCGUAUUUGUUCCAUAAACAUAACUAAUGGGGGUAUAAAUGGAAACAAAAUAGAAAAAUAUUACAAUGAGGAUAAAAAUAUAACAGUAAAAUAAUAAUAUAACAAGAGAAACUAGUCAUUAGCGACCAUGUUAUAAAAAAGUAUUGCACUGUCAUUGUUUUGCAUUCCCUGUCAUCCUAGACCCCAGAGAGGAGUUGUACAGUUUAAUGGCGUGUGGGACAAAGGAUUCUUAUAGUCUAAAUCAGUAGUUCUCAAAGGAGGGUAUGGUGUUUCCGCCCGGACAAAAAGGGGGUACUUGAAGGUAUGCCAAGGGGUACGUAAGAUUUUUAAAUAUUCUAAAAAUAGCAACCAUUCAAAAAUCCCUUAUAAAUAUAUUUAUAGAAUAACACUUCAACAAAAUAAAUAUUUGGAAUUAAGUUCACGAGUCCAGAUGGAUCACUAUUACAAUAUCCAAAGAAGGUUGAUGAUUGAUUAUAUGUAUAGAAAUCUUUAUCAUAAUUUAAUCACUUGUUUAAUUUUUAAAACGUUUUAGUUAUUCUUAUAUGUUUUUGUUGUUGUCCAAAUAAGUCAAGUAAGACCACAACAAAUGAGCAAUAUGGUGCACUGUUAUACAAUUUAAUAAAUCAGAAAUUGAUGACAUUAUGCUGUAUUUUAUUUCUUUAUUUUACUGAGAAAAAAGGUUGAAAACCACUGCCCUAAAUCAUAUCUAAAGCUAAAAUUAUUUUAUAAGACUGAUUAUUUUGGAUUAUUGUGUUUGUAUUGUGAGAGAAGGAGAGAGAGAGGAAGAGAGAGCAGGUGAAGGAAGAUUGAGGGUGAAGAGGAUGGUUUGAGAAAAUAUGGGAAAAGGAUGUUUAUAACCUUACGUUACGUGAAUGGUUUCUAGGAGAACAGAACAUAGAAACAUUGUGUGAAGUGUAAGGAAGAGAUGGAUACAGGAUGUUGUUUGUAAAGGAAAACAAAAGUGAAGAAAAGAUGAGAAAGUGACAAAUGAAGGUAUUCGUAAAUGGUAUGCUGUUGAUUGUGGUUAGCUACAAGUUUGUUUAGUUGUUUGUUUAGUUGUUUGAGUGAAAUGGGAAGAAAUCAAUAAGAAUAAUUACAUGCAAAAUGGAAUAAAACUAUAAGGAAUGAAUAUAUUAAAUAAGUUUAUUUUGGUAUUAUAAUCAACAAAUUUGUGUGAGCAGUUUAACAGUACAGAUUAGA